CCAGAUUCCUGGCGGCUCUUGGUAGGGUCGCACCUUUCCACGAAACUCCGGCGACCCGCCGAGAGUGCACCCGCGUGUGCGCGAGGCCGCGUGGUAAUUGGUCACCGCGCCGACCUCCGCCCGCGAGCGCCGCCGCCUCCCUUCCCCGCCCCCGGCACCACCUCCCUGCCUGCGCGUCGCCGGCCCUGCGCGCCAGUCGCUGACAGCCGUGGCGCGGGGAGCUGCUGCUUUUCCUACGGAGGCAGGUUUUUCUUUGUUGUUUUUAAGGACUCCUGGAUAUAUUUGAAAACUCAACAGUUUGAGCCAAGCCAAGGCAUUCUGUCUUCCUGGAGGCACACGUCUGGUUUAGCUGAGCCACAAAUAUAAGUCAUCAUGAUGAAAAGCCACGUAGGUGGCUGGAUCCUGGUUCUCUUCGUGGCCGCAUGGAGUGACGUGGGCCUCUGCAAGAAGCGACCAAAGCCCGGAGGAGGAUGGAGCACUGGGGGGAGCCGAUACCCAGGGCAGGGCAGUCCUGGAGGCAACCGCUACCCACCCCAGGGUGGUGGUGGCUGGGGGCAGCCCCAUGGUGGCAGCUGGGGACAGCCCCAUGGUGGCGGUUGGGGGCAACCCCAUGGUGGCAGCUGGGGGCAGCCUCAUGGUGGCGGCUGGGGGCAACCCCAUGGUGGUGGCACCCACAGUCAAUGGGGCAAACCCAGUAAGCCAAAAACCAACAUGAAGCAUGUGGCAGGAGCUGCCGCGGCAGGGGCGGUAGUCGGGGGCCUGGGCGGCUACAUGCUGGGGAGCGCUAUGAGCAGGCCCCUCAUUCAUUUUGGCAAUGACUACGAGGACCGUUACUAUCGAGAAAACAUGUACCGUUACCCCAACCAAGUGUACUACAGGCCGGUGGAUCAGUACAACAACCAGAACAACUUUGUGCAUGACUGCGUCAACAUCACGGUCAAGCAGCACACGGUCACCACCACCACCAAGGGGGAGAACUUCACUGAGACCGACAUCAAGAUGAUGGAGCGCGUGGUGGAGCAGAUGUGCAUCACCCAGUACCAGAAGGAGUACCAGGCUGCCUCCUACCAGAGAGGGGCGAGCGUCAUCUUCUCCUCCCCGCCUGUGAUCCUCCUCAUCUCCUUCCUCAUUUUCCUGGUCGUGGGAUGAGCACAGCCUCCCU